GCGCGCCCUCGGGCCAUGGACUCCGCUGGUCUGUCCCGCGGACGUCGGGUAAACGGCCCGGGACGCGCGGUCACGGGAGGCGGUGGACCCGCCUUCACCGCGGGGCGACCUCACCGUCGUCGUCUGCGGAAGCUCCUGGCCACACUUGUAGGCCAUCCUGCGGUCUGGACCCAGGUGGCCAUGGCGUCCAGGCAGGCUCCGUGCUACCUCUGGCUCCUGGGGGUCAUCCUUCUGAUGGACGCGUCUGCCCGGCCUGCCAACCACUCGUCUGCCCGGGAGAGAGCAGGCCUCAGGGAGGAGAACGAGAUCCUGCCCCCAGACCACCUGAACGGGGUGAAGCUGGAGAUGGACGGGCACCUCAACAAGGACUUCCACCAGGAGGUCUUCCUGGGGAAGGACACAGACGGCUUUGAGGAGGACGCGGAGCCUCGGAAGAGCAGGAGGAAGCUCAUGGUCAUCUUCUCCAAGGUGGAUGUGAACGCUGACAGGAGGAUCAGCCCCAAGGAGAUGCAGCACUGGAUCAUGCAGAAGACAGCCGAGCACUUCCAGGAGGCCGUGGAGGAGAGCAGGGCCCACUUCCGUGCCGUGGACCCCGACGGCGACGGCCGCGUGUCCUGGGACGAGUACAAGGUGAAGUUUUUGGCGAGCAAAGGCCACAAUGAGAGAGAACUUGCUGAGAAGAUGAGGAGUAACGAGGAGCUGAAGGUCGACGAGGAGACACAGGAAGUCCUGGAGAACCUUAAAGACCGCUGGUACCAGGCGGACAACCCCCCCUCAGACCUGCUGCUGACCGAGGACGAGUUCCUGUCAUUCCUGCACCCCGAGCACAGCCGUGGCAUGCUCAAGUUCAUGGUCAAGGAGAUCGUCCGGGACCUGGACCAGGAUGGCGACAAGCAGCUCUCGCUGCCCGAGUUCAUCUCUUUGCCCGUGGGCACCGUGGAGAACCAGCGCGGCCAGGAUGUUGAUGACAACUGGGUGAGAGACCGGAAGAAGGAGUUUGAGGAGCUGAUUGAUGCCAACCAUGAUGGGAUUGUGACCAUGGCAGAGCUGGAGGACUACAUGGACCCCAUGAAUGAGUACAACGCCCUCAACGAGGCCAAGCAGAUGAUUGCCAUCGCCGACGAGAACCAGAACCAGCACCUGGAGCCCGAGGAGGUGCUCAAGUACAGCGAGUUCUUCACGGGCAGCAAGCUCAUGGACUACGCCCGCAAUGUGCACGAGGAGUUCUAAGCCCGCCAACUGCCGUCCUCCGUGCGGGUGGAAGAUGAGCUUGCGCGUGCGCCCCUCUGCAGGGUUGCGCCGCUCUGCGUGGUCGCACCCUUCUGCCCUUCUGCGGUGGACGUGUGUUUCCUCACGGGCUCUACGUGCACAGGAGUCCCGCGUCAUCACUGCAUCUCGCUUCUGAGAACUCAGAGCCGCUCUGCGGAAAGCACUGACCACGGAGCCCGCAGGCAGUCGUGGGAAAGAGCGCGGCUCCCGCCCUUCCCUCGAAGCUGAGGGCUGAGUGGUGGACUGCUUUGCCGGAAGCCGGUGGGCAGGGGUGCUGCCUGCUCCAGGUAGCGGUCUCAGAACCACCCGUCAGUGUUCGGUCUCAGAAAACGCACAUAUUUGUGACAAGAAUCAUGUUAACUCACUUCAAAAUAUACUUGUCUCUUUGUCCCAGC